GAGCGCAUUUACGGGACGGACGGAUGAGACAGCUUUACGGAACAUCUGGGAGUUUUUAUAGGUCGGUUUAAGAGCGCUCCAAAGGUUUACUUCAACAUAUCUUUCCCAGCAAUCGCUUCCUGACAGUAAAGUGCGUUUAGACUCGGUGUGAACUGAAAUGCGCCGUCGAGGUGUUUCGACGCUUGUGCUGGUGUUGCUGUGGUGUUGCGGGAGCGCGCCGGGUGAACGGGGACAGAAGGUGUCCAGGAGAGCACCGAGGACUCGCUCUUGUCUGGACCUACCGGAGGAGAUUUUGGAGCAGAUGUUCGGGAGGCUCUCGGUCGGGGUUCUCAGCGCGUUUCAUCACACCCUGCAGCUCGCACCUCCAGAGCGCCAGAAUCUGACCUGUCAAAGUGCGUCUCGCCUAGCGCGGGACAGACCGCGUACCCCAGUCAACUUCCUCAGCCUCUCACCGUGGGCGUACAGAAUCUCCCAUGAUCCAGCGAGGUACCCUCGGUAUCUCCCGGAGGCGUACUGUUUGUGUAAGGGAUGCCUGACAGGACCGGACGGGGAGGAAAAUGACCGCUUCCGCAGCACUCCAGUGUUUAUGCCGACCGUCAUACUGCGCCGUACCGGCUCGUGUGUCGGGGGCCGUCAUUCCUACACGGAAAGCUACGCGUCCAUCGCCGUGGGUUGCACUUGUGUGCCAGUUUUGGAAAAAGACAGAAAAACACAAAUAACCAAACCGAGCAUGAAAAGAGUCUCAAGUAAAAAUUCCAGCACCUUUAGAAAGAACGGACUGAACUGAUUCAUUUUUCUGCAUCACUUUUCUUCCUUCAUUUUUUCUUUCAGUUGUUCAAAGGAAAAACUUGAGUCAAAACUUGCUCUCACAGCUGCAGAUUCUAGCCUGCAGUGCCAAGCAGAAGGAAAACUUUCUGUGCCAAACGCAAACAUUUUCUAGUCCAAAGUACUUUGAGAAAGCCAGUCAGCAUCACUGUGUUAGAUAACCUAAUACAGUUCAGCUGUUUUGAAGUAUACAGAAACUCACUAGAAAUGCUUCUGUUAAGGCAAACAAAUAUUAUUUACAGAUGACAUAUUAUUAAGCAUGACUUUAUGUCAGUCCUCCUAUGAUUACUUUAUUAAAAACAAGAACACUCAAUGCACAAGUCUAGCGUAAAGUAUAUUAUAUUAUAUACAAAUGCACUUCAAGCAUUCAUUUCAGUCCAUUUUAUGCAUUAAAACAAA